AUUGAGGUCCAAUUUGUUCUAAAUCCCAAAACGUGGCUUACAUCAACCAUAAACCAAUACAGUUAAUCUUGGUUUUAGCUUCUUCUUACUUUUUCCCAUCGCAUCCCAUCUGCUCUCUUUAUUCUCACUCUUUAUUAUCUAUUAAUGCAGCACUUCAAAGUUGAAACUUUUUGGUUCUAGAAUUGUGUUCUUUAAUACAGUUAUUUCUAGUUGAGGACUUGAAAGUGGUGGAGCUUAUUCUUCCAUGUGUUUUGCUGUUGUUUAAGGAGAAGUUCUAAGGUAAAGCUUGCUGUGGGAACAGAGUUGAAGUGGGUUUUCGUUUGUGAAUCCAGUUUCUGAGAUUAUCAGUUGCACAUCAUCAAGGUUGAGGCUGAGUUGUUUUCCACUUGAUGCUUGAACUUGGCACCUAAAUUGAAAUUAGAUUAGGACAUUUGAGCGCAGUAGAUGUUUUCAACUCGAUUACAAGCAGAAAAUGAGAAGCAAAGAUGUCCUGGAGAAAGAUGACCUGGAGGAAGAAGAUUCAUUGCAGUCUGUGAGCAAGAGUAGAGACUCAGCAGAAGGGAUUACUUUGUCUGAAGAUUUCCUGCCAAAGAAAGAGUCUGACCACAUAGUUGUUCUAAGCAUAUCGGGAAGAAAUAGUUGCAGUAGGCAGUGGUUCUUCCAAAAGCUCUAUGGUCUAGAUAAUGCAAUUCCGAAGCACAUUAUAACUUUUGAUGAAAAAUACCUUCGUCGCUGUCUGGAAUGGAUGCAUAUCAGUGCGUUUGGAGUAUUUUCAUGCAAUUUUUCGUCUAUUGGGGUCUUUCACAAUGACUUAAGUUCAAGAGGAAUUAGUAGUAGACGUGCAUAUGAUAUGGCUAGGUUAGUUAUUGAACAUCCAUUGGCUCUUUUAACAGAUAGUGUUGCAAUAAGUUCUGCAGGAGAAAGGAUUCUGGGCACAAUCUCUGCCAGCAAGAGCAUGAUAAACAUUUUGAGGAGCCCGUUGCUUCAUCAGUUGGGAGCCCUCGAUUCUAAUGCCAGCAAUGGAGGAAGAGGUCUAGUGGACAUCAAAGAAGCAGUUGCUUCUGAUUUUAUUAGCUCUCCUGUUAAAUUCAAUACCAGUAAGCCUAAUAAACUAAAGGACGUGGUGCUUGGAGACAAUGAAUAUGGAUCUGAGCCAGUGCACAAGAGACUGGCUUCUGUAUCAAGCACAAAUUCUACCAGCUCUGAUCAGUCUUCUUUCUCUGCAUCAGCUGCUAUUUUCCAAGGAAUGCUGCAGUGCACGUGGAAGGAUGGAUGCCCCAAUUAUCUUUUCUCUGUGGAUGAUCAAGGGGAGGUUUACGCUGCCAACUUACUGAAGAUCCAGUCACCAGAGGACAAGUCUCUCGACUAUAUUUACUCAUUUCAUUUAAAAUCAGGUCCCAAGAGAGACCUGAAUAUUCGGGAUAGAGAGUUAGAUCUUGUUGCUAAGAUGAAAGUGUCUACUUCAAUUACAUUGUGCCCCAGGAAUUCAGAAAUCAUGGAGACACAAUUUGUUUUGUUUGGUUCCAGUGAAAGUUGGAUGCAAGAGACCCAAACCUCAGUUAGUGUUCUUAAAAAGAACAAAGGGCUGACAAAGAAGGUAGCAGAUGUUUUCAGGACAAGCCAGUCUCGUAAGCAAAGAACGUCUUCAAAGUUAUGGGGAACGAGUAUUAUCCUUGAAGACACAUCCUGGGAGUCUUCUGAUGAUCUAUGUGACAAUUUUGAUCAGAGUCCGGCCAAUCUUCUGGAAAAUGACGUUCCACCAAAUCUUGAGUUGGCUGCCAUAGUUGUGAAGGACCAUAUACCUCACAAACCUGAGGAGCCAGAAAUUGGUGGUUGGGGUUUGAAAUUUCUGAGGAAAUCUGGCAACAUCCAGACUGAUGCAGUUUCAGAAAAUUCAUCAAUUUCAGAAUGUGGCCAACGAGAUGGUGGAGAAUGCUCAACAAGCAUGAAUAUUCUAGUUCCAGCAGGUUUUCACGGUGGACCAAGAGCCAGGAAAGGCGGGCCAUCAAGCCUCUUGGAGAGAUGGCACUCCGGUGGGCAUUGUGAAUGCGGAGGUUGGGAUAUUGGGUGCCCGCUCACUGUAAUCAGUACAAGAACAAACAGAAAUGAGAAUCUGCCCCAUUCAGAUAAUUCUGGAGAGUGCAAGACAGUUGACUUCUUUGUAGAGAACUCAUAUCAUUCUUCCAUGAGGAACUCAGACAGAUGCUUUCUUUUGCUUUACUAAGCCUAAUUGGUCAAGGAGAAAUGAAAAGGAAGGAAACUUCCUGCAACACAGCCAUGCGUUCACAGAUGAAGAAUCAGGAUAACUUUUUCCCCUUUGAAUUUUGCAGGGUUCCCGGCAAAUUUCACCUAUCAUGAAAAUGACAAACAUUCAUGAUGGCUUAUACUAUAUUCAUUUCCAGUCGACUCUGUCAGCCCUCCAGUCUUUCUCAAUUGCUGCAGCAAUUAUUCAUAGUAAUAGUCCUUCGCUUCGACCCAAAUUGUACAGGAGUUGAAACCACAUAAUUCAGGAUUCAGGAUUAAUGUAGUUCCAUCUCUCAAAUCAUAUCAAAGUUCGUAGUUUGUAGUUAACAUAGUAUACAUAAUGUUGAGGUACCAAGUUUGAUUGUCAUGGUUCUGGCUUUUGUGCUGUCCUGCUGUAUUUGUAGUUGAGGCUACUAAACUCAAACUGUAUCUAAACUAUCUGCUGCUGCCAACAGGAAAAAAAAAAAAAGAAAAAAAGAAAGGGAAACAGAAUUCUUGAUAUGUUUUAACAAUUCUGUAGGUAAGUACUUGCUC